CUUGCUUUGUGGCUUCCCUUAGCUCGAUGGGCUGGCUGGUGGGUCGUCGUCUGUCCAUUUAAAUCGUGGAGGCAAACAGUUGUGAGAGUGACGAGAUCCAAGACAGAAGAAGCCUGCCACUAUCAUCCCCUUCUCACGCCCCCGUCCACGCCCCACGAUUGGGCGGAUCUGCCGAGUGCCAGUGAAACGCCCACAAUUGCUAGCGUCGAUCCAUCAUGCCGCGUGUCACGCGUUCCCGCUCGAGUGUCUCCUCGAGUUUGGGGGCGGGUAAUGCCGCACUGGGCGUGCCGGGGGUUCAGUCCCGCGGGUUGAAGAAGGGCGGCCCACCCACGGCCGCCGUGGGCUUGGCCCUGCGGGCGCAAGUAGGCCCGCCCGCUCGGAAUGGCCAGCUCAACCCCAAGAAGUUCACGUUGGAUUCGAACAAACGACGGAAACCGGAAUGGACCUUCUUGAAUGAGCCUCAAGCUCAAUGGGGAAUGAGUAAAGACGAGAAUGGUAGCCACGCCCCCACGGGUAAAGAGGGCGGGGCCAUGACUAAAGCCCAUCAGAAGAGACGAGCCGCACUCGGAGAAAUUACCAAUGCAUUCAGCGAAACCACAGCCCAAGCCAAAAAAGGUCUAUCCAAAAUGCUCAACCGCUCCAAGACCAAAUUGACCGGCACCACCCAAAGUCAAAUCCAGCCUCCAGUGCUCGCCCGCAAAUCCCAAAGCGUGCCCGAACCUACCGAUGAGUGCAUGCCACUCGAAACCAGUUUUGAUGCGGGCGGAUCCCGACUGCCCGCUUCUCAGCCCGAAGAGUUCAAAUCAGCCCACUUUGUUCCCUCUCCGUCCCAUUGGUCGGAUUCCGACCAAGAAGAUGACGACGACGAUGUUUAUGAAUCGGCCAAUGAAGGCGACGAUCAAAAUGACAAAAGUUCCUCCGAUGAGCGGGUAUUGCCCCCGGGAGUGGUGGAUUUUGAUGCCCAAAACAUGGAUGACCCUUCACAAGCCUCCGAGUAUGCUAUGGAGACGUUCCAGUAUUAUAGAAACCGCGAGGAACAAUUCCAAGUGGAGGAUUACCUCACCAUAUUCCAGUACGAUAUCAAUAGCACAAUGCGCGCCAUCCUCGUGGAUUGGUUAGUCGAAGUCCAGGAGAGCUUCGAGCUCAAUCACGAGACCUUGUACACGGCUGUCAAGCUCAUGGACAUCUAUUUGUCCAAAACAUUGGUACUGAAGGAGCAUUUACAACUGAUUGGCGCGGUGGCUUGUCUGAUUGCGUGCAAAAUAGAUGAGCGGAUCCCGCCGCUCCUGGACGAUUUUGUAUAUGUUUGCGAUGAUGCCUACACCAAGGACAUGAUCAAAGCCAAAGAGAUCGAAAUGUUCGCCGACAUCGGGUUCGACUUGGGAUUCCCUUUAUCGUACCGGUUUCUCCGGAGAUACGCCAGAGUGUGUGGCGUGACGAUGCCAGUGUUGACCUUCGCACGAUACAUCUUGGAGCUGUCGCUCAUGGAGUAUCACCUCAACGUGCAAACCUCCGAGUCCAAAUUAGGCAUGGCCGCUCUCGUACUUGCUCUGCGGAUCAAAGGCGUGGAGGACUGGCAGGCCACCCUUGAGUAUUAUUCGGGUUAUAAAGUGGAGGAAUGCCAAACGUUGGUCGAGAAAUUGCAUCUAAUGCUCUUGAAGCCCGGUCACGACAACCGAAAAACUAUUCGAACAAAGUACUCGCACAAGGUGUUUCACGAGGUCGCGCUCAUCCAAAUUCCUCGAUCCUUUUAACCUCUGGUUGACUCAGAGGUUUCCCAGGAGUAGGUGUUGUACAAAAAAAAACAAUAUUAUUAUAUUAUUAUUUCUUCUUCGUCCCCGGAUUCUGCCUUCUUCUUAACCCACAAUCUUCUGUCUUGAUGCCUUGAUUAAAGCUGUCCAUAGUAUUUGUUAUUUUUGCAACAAGUUCGUGUUCAACGCUGUCCGUUGAAGAUUACAUUACCUCUCUCUGUUUUUCUGUGUAUAAAAAUUGGUAAUUUGAUAUUCUCUCAAAAUUUUGGGUAUGGAAAUUAAACUAGUGUGCAUCGCCACUCGAA